GUUAACUCCCACGGCCGCCGAGCGUCUGCGCCGCGAGCGCGCCUGUGCGGUCGGGCGCGCGCAUCAGUCAUGCCUCAUCCGUCGCUCGCUGCCGCGGCGCUGCUGGGACGCGGAGGGAGAAAUUCGCCUCGCACCCCGAAUCGCCCGCUCUCGCAGGGCCGCCGCCGCACGACCGCUCGCCUCGUGGCGAGGACGCUGCAAUUUUAAACCGAAACUCGUCAAUAAUUCGCCGCUUCCCUCCCGUCGGCGAGACAAAGGGGGCAGCGCGGCGCAGCACGCGCGCGGGGAGUACAGCUGUGGCGAUGUGCCGUUUCGGGGCUCAUCCAUUAUUUCGCAGGUCAUUCCUUUAAGUUGCUCGGUUCGAGGACGUAAAUGCUGGGAAGCCACUUUAACGGAGCCGAACUGAUGUGACUCAAUGACUCAUUUCCCGGAGCAGCUCGGAGCCUAAACGUCUCGUCAAAGCUCUGCUCUUCUAACGGACCGGAGCCGGCGCUGUGUCCCCGCGGUGGCCAUCAUGGAGUGUUCACGCCCACCCAGAUAGGAUGCCUGCCUCCCCCCGCUCUCUGCCUCCCCUCCUGCCCAUCACCACCACCACCACCACCACCACCUCCUCCGCGUCCCGGUGUCCGCCUGCUCUCGCCAGCUGCUCCUUCCGGCGCCCCAGCCUCCGCCCCGUCCCGCUGCGCCAUGGUGGAUGAGGUGACCACCAUGAAGGAUGACAUCAUCAACGCCAACACGCUGGCUUGGCUGGUCUGCUCCGGCGUGUCCAUCCUGGCCAACACGUGGAGCAUCCUCAGUGUCAGCGCCAAGCAGAAGAAGUGGAAGCCGCUGGAGUUCCUCAUCUGCACGCUGGCCGGCACGCACAUCCUCAACAUGGCCAUCCCCAUCACCAUGUACUGCGUCAUAACGCUCCGCCGCCAGUACUCCACCUACGAGUGGAACGAGGGGCUGUGCAAGGUGUUCGUCUCCACCUUCUACACGCUGACGUUGGUCACCUGCUUCUCGGUCACCUCGCUGUCUUAUCAUCGCAUGUGGAUGGUGCGCUGGCCCGUUAACUACCGGUUGAGUAACACCAAGAAGCAGGCGGUGCACACAGUGAUGGGCAUCUGGAUGGUGUCCUUCAUCCUUUCUACGCUCCCGGCGGUGGGAUGGCACGACACCAUCGACCGCUUCUACACGUCUGACUGCAGAUUCAUCGUCACGGAGAUCGGCCUGGGCUUCGGCGUGUGCUUCCUGCUGCUGAUCGGUGGCAGCGUGGCCAUGGGCGUGAUCUGCAUCGGCAUCGCCCUCUUCCAGACGUUCUCCAUUCAGGCCGGCCACAACGCCGACAAGAACAAGUUCAACGUCCCCACCAUCGUUGUGGAGGACGCGCAGGGGAAGCGGCGGUCGUCCAUCGACGGAUCGGAGCCUCUUAAGACAUCGCUGCAGAUCACCUACCUGAUCAGCGGCAUCGUCUUCAUCUACGACUUCCUCACGGGCUUUCCCAUCCUGGUGGUGAGCUUCACCAGUCUGAAGUUUGACCGCUCCUACAACUGGAUGGUGCUGUGUGUGCUGUGGUGCUCCAUUGCCCAGUCCAUCCUGCUGCCCAUGUUCCUCUGGGCUUGUGACCGCUAUCGGGCCGACAUCCGCAUGGUGUGGGAAAAGUGUGUGGCCAUCAUGUCCAACGAUGACGUGGAUGAGGAAAACAGCCAAGAUGGAGGAAUUCAUGCCGACUUAAUAUAUGACAGACCAUAUGACUAUAGCUCGGCGCCUGAAAUCGUGACGGUAGACCGUAAUGCCAAGUAUGAAUUCUCAACCUUAGAAAGGGGGGUUCUGCAAGGGUAUCCAUUGAGAGAACAACAGGAAGAUAAAAUGCAGUAUUUGCAGGUGCCCCCUACAAGAAGAUACUCCCACGACGAAACCGACAUGUGGACCAGCGACCGGAUCCCCUCAUACCUUCACCGAUGGGGCUCCACAGAGGACAUGAUAGUGAGUGCCCACUACAGCUGCACCUUGCCGCGCCACGAGAGGCGCAGGAACAGCCUGGUCUCCUACCACGAGGAGAGCCACCAUCACCAUCACCCCCAUCGCAAGCGGCGGCGCUCUGAGGACAGCAUGCACGCCCUCAAACACCUGCCGCGCGUGGUCUGCGGCGGGGAGCUCUACGAGGACGAACUGCGGUGCUUCAGCCGCGACGAGGUCAUCAACUUCAUCGACGAGACGCCGCUGCCGAGCCCCCGGAAGAGCCCCCGCCGCGUCUCCGCGGUUUCGCUCGUUCCUCACGUGUACGAGCAGCACGCGGUGCUGCUCCCCCAUUUCCCGCUCACGGACUUUGAGCGCGAGCCGCAGGUGCUCAGGCGGCACUCGGAGCACAGGCGGAGCAGCAGUCGGGGCAACUCGCCCGACGGUUCGCCCAGACCGGACAGACCUGGGCUGAGAAACAACGCCGGGCCGCGCGGCCCUGCGAGAGGCAGCCGGGAGCGGCUCCAGGACGGAAGAAGCCAGGGUGACGGGAGCUCCCCUGUGUGCAGCCAGCAGACUCCAGGGCAUUCUGCCUGCAGGCCCAGGACAGGCGGUGGAGCUGGAGCUGGAGCUGGGGCCGGUGCCGGCGCUGGUGCUGACUGGGGGCAUCAGAAGCACCUGAGCAAAGCUGGGAGCAAAGGAAGCACAAACAGUUUUGUAAGCACACCCUCGGUAUCAUCGUCGGGAUACAUCACCUUUCAUUCUGACUCUGUAGGCUCCACCACCUAAUAAGCAGGUUUUUUUAACAUUAUUGAUGACCUUAUUGUCAUACAACUGCAUUAUUAGUGGGAACGUUUUACAACAUGCAUACCCACAAUAAGUACCUGUUAUGCUAAAUGGAAUGGAAGCUUUAGACUUUGGUCUUUGAUUGGGCCUAAUGUUGAUUCAUUAUGUCGACUGGUGAAAAGGUCGAGGACACGUGUUUAGAUCUCUACUUUACCAGCAGCGACACUAAUCAACAUUCUGUUUUAUGGUGUGAGCAUUUCCACUCCUCGUUUUUGCUGUUUGAUGUUGUUUUUAUAUUUUAUUUUUCAGAGGAUGUAGUUGUUUGGGUGGUGUUUUCUCUUUCUUCAUUCCUUUACUGUUUUAUUUGGCCUAUAAUGGCUCUGUGUUUUAUUGUAUUGCUUUUCAAACCAAACCCUCCUGAAUACUGCUCUCAUGGAAUAUGAAACAUUACACAUACAUAUAUUUAUUUAAUUUAACCUAUAGAAAUCUCAAUCUACAAUAUUCACAACCAACAGAAACCUUUUUUUUCAAUUUCUUUCAAAAACCCCAUGUUGAAGUAAACUGAGAGUGGUAAUCCCAAACAUGCUGCCUAAUAGUUUUUCAGCUAAUGUGUGAGGUACUGAGAACACCCCUACAUUCUCAACAGAAAUGUGAAGUCAGUUUUUGAAGAUGAUUGACAUGUCAUGUAUAUAUAAAGGAUAUGAGGUGUAUGGUUUUGAUGUUUUCUGUUCAAUACCAUUGACAUUUUAAACAUUUUAUUCCAGUUUGAUUGUGUUAUGUUUGAGUUCUUCACAGCAGCAUCACACUGCUUUGAUUAUGAAGGACUGUGUAACAUCAGACGACCAGGGGUGCUUAAUCCUCGUCAACUGAGCAUGUCACCCUGACCUCACUUCUUAUUUGUUUAAAUACUGUGUUACGAAGCACCAGGCGUGGUUUCCCAAGUAGCCGCUAAGAGGAAAUGUGUUACAGAUGUGAAGUGGUCAAAGAAUUGAGCAAAACAGCCUUCAGUCUGACUAAAUGUAGCAUAACCAGGAACACGGCGUUGCACCAAAACCAAGAAACAUGCACAAAUGAGAAGCAUUGUGCGUGUGUGGAAAAAGAUAAUACUGCAUUAUUUUACAGUAAAAAUAGAACCACUUACUGUAAGUUCUACUCUCCAGGAAAAGAGCAAACAUCAUUCUGUUUUGUCCAAUGCACUGCAUUAAUGUCCUGGGACCAACACUUUAUAAAGCUUAAAUAGACGCUCUCCAGUAAAUCUACAAAAAAACCCACACACAUUGGAAUAUGAAAUUGAUUAUUUUAAAUCAUAGCCUUAACAGUCAAGGACAGCAGAGUAUUAUCAUCACAUUUCUAAACUAAUGAUCUCAAUAGAGAAAUUUGACCUUGAUCUGACAUUAGAAAGCAUAAAUGUUCUUGGUCAGGAAAGAUUUGGACAAUAAAGAGAACAUGACAGGACAAUAUUCAGCCGUAUCAGCUGUAAGACCAUUGUGCUACUAUUAAGUAAAGACAGGUAAGUGAAGUACUUUGCAUAUACAAUUUUAAUCUUUUGCAGCAAUUCUUUUGUGUCUUAUUGACUGUAGCCUACUCAGUUGGUCCCAUUAACUGAAAUGUACCAUUCUCUGACAGCAUAUCAUCCUUGUCAAACUUUGUCAUAGAAUUUUGCAUUUUGUUGUGUUAACAAUAUCAAAAUAUACUUUUGUAUCAUAUUAAAAGAGUUAUGACUCAUAUGAAUGAUGUUAAAUGUUAUGAUUUUCUUGUUGAGAUGAUGACUUUGUUAAAAGCAAUUUAACUGAUUAAAUUCACAGGAUGAUGCGUCA